GCUUACUUCGCUCUCUCUGACAGCUUGGCCUUUUCGUUGCAACAUUGAAUGCAACGUACAGUGUCCAUGUCGCCGGCAUAUUCCAGACUUCUUACGAAUACACGUCGUAGCUGACAGUGCAUAUGAUUAAUGGAUCCUGAUCCUGGCACACUUGGGAGACCCGAGGAGGGGGCCCUCAGUGGAUCUGUCAAGGCUUUUGAGUUUUGUCUGUGCAUGCAUGUCAUCCCGAAUUUCGGGAAUGAAACGAGACGUAGACAACAUGUUGAGAGGAACUGAUCAUGGCCUGAAGUUUUGGAUUCUCGUGCAAUGGAUUUCGGAGACCUCCAGGUCGAGACUGAUGCACAGUCAGCGGAAGAGGCUGCUGCAUUAUUCGCAAAGUUCGACAUGUAUCUAAAUAAACAGCACUAUCAUGGCACUAGGUUUGUAGAACGCCAAAGAAGAUUGGAUCUCAUCGUAGAAUGACAUCCAAGACCGCCGACAUGCCUUUUCCGAUACUCGGCUCGGCGCUGCCGUUUGUGGCUAUCCUGCUGCUUCUUGGUCUCUUCUUGUUUCAAACGUUAUACCGAUUUCUCACGGGAGGCCUUUCGAAAGUACCCUCUGCUCAUUGGACGUGCUCUUUCAGUCCCGUCUGGAUUCUUUGGCAGCGUUAUCAUGGGAAGGAACUGAAAGCUGUUCUUGCAGCUCAUGAAAGACUGGGCAAGAUCGUUAGAGUUGCGCCGCAAGAGAUCAGUAUCAGCGACUAUGAGACUGGUGUCCGCCAGGUUUACAACGCCGGCUUCGAAAAACCAGGCUACUUCGACUUCUUCCAGUACUACGGACAACGGAACUCGUUUGCCAGCCGGAGCCGAGCCGAUCAUGCCGCAUGCCGUCGACGAGUCUCUUCGUCUUAUUCCAAGACGACGCUAUUUGCCUCAGAGACGUUGAGCAAAGUGACUCACAACAUCAUGUAUCAACGCCUCAUCCCAGUUCUUCAGCAUCACUCUGCACACGGACAACCGGUAGAGCUUUUGAGACUUUGCUAUGCCUCUGGGUUGGACAUGCUCAACUGUUACAUUUUGGGUCUUUCUAGCGGACCCGACUUUACUCGAAACCCUGAGUUGACGGAAAUGUGGCUGGAGCACUACGAGAACAGGUAUAGUCCUCAGGGCUUCUGGUUGCAGGAACUCCCUAAACUUUAUCAUGGGCUUUGUAAGAUUGGACUUGAUGUGAUGCCUCGUAAGCACUAUGAAUCGACCGAGUGGAUCGAGAACUGGAUGCUGGAGCAUUGCGACAAGUCUGAGGCAGUCUAUCGACGCAUGCAGAAGGGAGAUCAACCCGCUGCGGAAGACAUUCCAGUUGUGUAUAAUCAACUACGAAAGGCGAUGUCCAACUUGAAAGAUGGCAAGUUCCUCGACAUGCAGGCGUCGGAAGAUCUGUCUCGAAUCUCCAUCGCCAGUGAAAUCUUCGAUCACAUGUCCGGUGCUCGAGAGGUGUUUGGCCUUGUUCUUGCCUACGCGGUGUACUACCUUGCUCAGAACCCAGCUCAGCAAGAAAUGCUAAAGCAUGCGGUAGCAGGACUCGGAAUGCACGUGACUCAAGUCGGAGCCAACGACGCAAACAAUUUGCCUUCGCCUCAGACAAUUGAAUCCAUUGCAUAUUUGCAGGCCGUCAUCAAGGAGUCUCUGCGCAUGAGGCCCAAUAGCACUCCUUUACCGCGCAUCACACCCCACGACAAAUCCGUGAGCAUUGCGGGGGUUGAUGGUAUUCCCGCCGGCACUCGAGUUAACUGUUUCCAAUGGUUUCUACACCGGAACCCAGAGAUGUGGACUCAGCCGAACGCCUGGGUUCCUGAACGUUGGUUGGACCAGAAUGGUGCAGAGAGAACUGAUAUGCCUCCUCUCUGGGCCUUUGUAACCGGCCCGAGAGCUUGUAUCGGAACGCAACUAACAUACUAUUUGUUCGGAUAUAUCCUGGCUGGUCUGUUCUCUAACUUCAACGUUCAGAUUGCUCGCCCUGAGACCUACGGCCGCCACACCCCCGGAUCUCUGGAAGAUGAACUCUUUGUCUUGAUGACCCCGAUUGCAUGAGGGGUUCGUCGCAGUUUGAUGAAUCUCAUUCCACUGUGAUCGGUAUA